AAAAAAGCAAAACUUCAGGGGCCACCAGAUAAAUUUAAUACCUAUGUGACCUUGAAAGUGCAAAAUGUGAAGAGUACAACAGUAGCAGUACGAGGGGACCAGCCCUGCUGGGAACAAGACUUCAUGUUUGAGAUCAGUCGGCUGGACCUGGGCCUGAUUGUUGAAGUGUGGAACAAAGGGCUGAUCUGGGACACUAUGGUCGGGACUGUAUGGAUUGCACUUAAGGCCAUCCGGCUGUCUGAUGAGGAAGGACCUGGAGAGUGGUCUACGCUGGAGGCAGAGGUCGUAAUGAAGCAUGAUGAGAUCUGUGGGACCAAAAAGCCAACUGCCCAUAAAAUUUUGCUGGAUACAAGAUUUGAGUUACCUUUUGGGAUCUGAUCUGGAAGGUCAUUACUCUCUCAUCAUGAAAACUCCUCCUGAACACCCAUCAUAUUACAUUGCCUAUAGAAAACUAGCCGCUGACUGGGUGAUUUGAUUUAAAUAAUGAAUUUUAAUUGUUUUGCAUUUUUAGUUAUUUUCUUAAAGAGAGUUUGAUUCUCACU